AUGCCGCUGCUGCUGAACUACCGCUUUACGUUUAUCGACGCGAGAGACAGCGAAGAGGCAGCUCUGGGUGUCCAGCCUCGACGGGCACUGACACCGCCACCUCCCCGUCCCGGUCACAUGGGUCACCUUGGUGAAGAUGCUCAUUCAGAAGAACGCGAGGUGGCACGCUGCCGAGACUACUUGAAGGACUUGAUGAAUGAAGGCGGGCUCGUUGGUUCCGGUGAGCAUGGCCGGUGCAAACGGAUGCCGGAUGGAAGCAAGGAUUCCAGCCACGACGCCGUAAAUGCUUCCCAGGGUGCAUCGGAACAAAUGAGCGUUGGCAGCUUGGGCCAUCCUGUCGCAUGUCGUCGCCCAUGUGUGCACGUGAUGAAACGUGGUCAAUGCCUGAAUGGCAGUGCCUGCGACUUCUGUCACUUCCCACAUCUGCGAGAGGUCAAGCUGGACCGAGAGCAGCGUGCCAUGAUCCACCAGCUGCCGUACGGGUACUUCUUGCGGAUCGUAGCCGAGAUGCUGAAGACGAGAGCGGGCGAGGUCGCCAAGCCGGCCAUUUGGGAUGCCGUGCACCUUUUGGAGCAGGAAGCAGAGAUUGCGGAAUGCGCCGGAGUGGACAGGGAUGUGAAGGCCAUGAAGAAAUUCAAGAACGGCUUGAAACAUCUCAAUGUGUUGAGCUUGCUUUCGUUGGCUAAGCGCAGGUGCCAAGAUCAUGUCUGUGAGGAACUCACGCAGAUUGCUGCACAGCUCCGCUUCCGGGAAUGA